UCUCUCUCUCUCAGUUACAGUAUCGACCUCCUCCUCGCAGCAUCUCCGCUCUCCACCCUCCUCCUCCUCCUCCUCCUCCUCCUCCUUCUUCGCUGCCGCCGCCUCAGCGCCACUUCCUCUGCAGGUGGAUGGAGGCUGGAAGCCCCGGAGACACGCGCCAUGCCUGGGAUCCGCUGCUGUCAGACUGCUGAGCACCUCCCUUCGCGCCGGGGACCACAUCCUUAAAUGACCCGCGGCUGAAGAGGGGGGUGUCUCCGGAUCCAGCGCUCGGAUCAUGGCAUGCUGCCCACACCGGGCAUCCAGCACUGACCAUGGGGCUCCGGUCCAGGACCGUCGCUAGCGGCUCGGAGGAGCAGAAGAAGCCUUCCGGCCCUCCUCCCGGGGACUUAUUGGACCAAGGCACCGGGGGAGCGGACAAGGAUGGCGCCCUGCUGCUGGUGGCUCCGGGCCGGGAUGAAUACAAGCGGGGCUCUCAGGGCAUCGGCAUCGGGCUGCUGGCCAAGACCCCCCUGAACUACACCCGGCCGACCAAGAGGAAUAACAUCCGUAAGAGGAGGAUCCAGAACCUGAUCUACGACGCGCUGGAGAGGCCGAGAGGAUGGGCGCUGCUCUACCACGCGUUCGUGUUUUUAAUCGUCCUGGGCUGUUUGAUUCUGGCCAUUCUGACAACAUUCAGGGAACAUGAGAAGGUGUCUGCACACUGGCUGGUGAUACUGGAAACCUUUGCCAUCUUCAUCUUCGGAGCAGAGUUUGCGCUGAGGAUCUGGGCGGCGGGAUGCUGCUGUCGCUACAAAGGAUGGAGGGGGAGGCUGAAGUUCGCUCGCAAACCCCUGUGUAUUUUAGACAUCUUCGUGCUGAUUGCCUCGGUGCCAGUGGUGGCGGUACGUAACCAGGGUAAUGUGUUGGCCACGUCCCUGCGCAGCCUGCGCUUCCUGCAGAUCCUGCGGAUGCUGCGCAUGGACCGGAGAGGAGGCACCUGGAAACUGCUGGGCUCCGCCAUCUACGCACAUAGUAAGGAGCUGAUCACAGCCUGGUACAUUGGCUUCCUGUCCCUGAUCCUGGCAUCUUUCCUGGUCUACCUGGUGGAGAAGGACGACGUCUCCAUGGAUGUGUCCAACCACGAAAAUCCCACCGCUCAGCCCAAACCGCAAGACUUCGACACCUACGCCGACGCUCUGUGGUGGGGGCUGAUCACUCUGACCACCAUUGGUUAUGGGGACAAAACCCCAAAGACCUGGGCUGGGAGACUGUUAGCCGGCACUUUUGCUCUGAUCGGAGUUUCCUUCUUCGCUUUGCCUGCAGGGAUCCUGGGUUCAGGCUUGGCUCUGAAGGUCCAGGAGCAGCACAGACAGAAGCACUUUGAGAAGCGCAGACAUCCAGCCGCCGGGCUCAUCCAGUCUGCCUGGCGAUAUUAUUCCACUAAUCCAAUCAGGGAGGACCUCAUUGCCACGUGGAGAUUUUAUGAAACAGUCAUCUCUCUUCCCUGUUUCAGGAAGGAUCACUUGGAGGCCAUGGCGAGCCAAAAACUGAGUUUACUGGAGCGCGUUCGCCUUCCCAAUGCCAGACCAUCAGUUGGGAUGGGAAAGAAGCUCAUAGGUAACGCCGACUCCAUCGAGGAAAGUCCCUCUAAGGAGCCCAAACCUGCUGGCUUCAGUAACCGGGAACGCUUCCGCACCGCCUUCCGCAUGAAGGCCUACACACUCCGCCAGAGCUCUGAAGAUGCUGGAGCUCUGGCAGAUCCAGCCUUAGAGGAGCGGGGCUUCCCUCCAGACAUCCUCCUGGAGGAGAUGAUCCCCACACUGAAACUGGUCAUCAGGGCGGUCAGGAUCAUGCAAUUCCUCUUGAACAAGAAGCGGUUUAAGGAAACUCUGAGGCCUUAUGAUGUCAAAGACGUGAUCGAGCAGUACUCUGCUGGACACCUGGACAUGCUCUGUAGAAUUAAAUACCUCCAGACAAGGAUCGACAUGAUUCUUGCCCCUGGACCCCCCCUCACUCCGAAAAACAAGAAAACUCAGAAAACGCCUUUUGCCUACCCGCCCAAUCAGUCGCCCAGGCAUGAGUCCUACCUAGCCAAAGCUGCCUCCAUGCCAGAUGCCGAAGACCAAAGCAUGAUGGGUAGAUUUGUCAGGGUGGAGAGACAGGUGGAGGACAUGGAGAAGAAGUUGGACUUCCUGGUGGACAUGCACAUCCAGCACACUGAGCACCUGCAGGUGGACUCUGCCGGCGCCGCCCACAUGACUCUGGAGACCUGCGAUCCCACAGGGAACGGUGAGAUCAGACGGGUUUUCUUCAACUACGCCGAGGCAUUCCCACACAUGUCGUACCAGGUGCCUGUUAGCAAGGUGAAUCCAUAUUAUGGCAGAGGUGGAAGAGGAGGCGGAGAGGGAGUGGGGUUAGGAGGAGGAGCAGGCCGUAUACCUCCAGAUCAUCAACCACCGCCGUCGCACCUUUACCAACCCCAUCCUCCAGCUGCCAUCCCCACAUACACCGAGCGUCCCACAGUGUUGCCCAUCAGCUCCCUGCAGGACUUGUCAGUGGGGCUGGGCAGGACCACAGGGGGGCGGGGGCCCGACUCGCCUCUCUCCAUGUUAUCGGUGAACCACGAGGAGCUGGAGCGCUCGCCCAGUGGGUUCAGCAUCUCUGGGGAGCGGGAGGGGGAGGAAGGGGAGGACCUGUCCAUGGGGGCCAGGGUGGCAACUGGGGACGCCAGCUGGACGAGACCCAGACCGAGCUACCUGGCGGAGGGGGAGACGGACACGGACACGGACCCCUUCACACCCAGUGGGGGGCCUCUACCACUCUCCUCCACGGGGGAGGGAUUUGGCGACGCUGUGUGGAACACGCCACCCUGAGGUGUUUGUACGACCGCACAGAAAUCCACGACUCUGAGUUAAGACCUUAAAUCCAACCCAUGCCUCUAAACCCAAAUCAGUUUGGGUCAAAGCCACAUCUCUGGACUGAACCAUUUGGAGUAAAGGUGGGUCUGAUCCGCCUUGAUGUUGCGAGGUCAUGAGAAAGGUCAUCAACAUUCAGAGGCCACUGCCGAUCUCAUCAACCGACCGUCGUCCAGACAGAGAGCCACGGCAUCGAGACUGCCCAGAGCAAAAGGGAAACCAGACCGUUUGUAAAGUAAAACUCUGUACAGCGCACUCUUCGCAAAAAUUUAGCUGAAAUAAAAAAGAACAUUAAUAUACAUACUAUAUACACCCAAAAGCUUUAUCGCUGCAAAGCCAACCGCACUGCAUGUAACGCAUGCGAUUUUUAGUGUAGACACUGCAAAGUUCAGGAUAUCAGGAAAGGGAAAAAGAGAUUGAAUGGAUACAUAUACUUGCUAUGCCAUUUUGUAACACUUAUUUUUUUAUAUGAAUACAUUUUCAUUGUUUUUUGCAUGGUUUGCAUGAUAAUGCACCAUUCUAGGGGUGAUGGUUGGAGGGUGAUACUGGAACCAAAAGUCUCCUGUCUCUUUGUUUUGUAUGUUGUUUGGUGAGUGCGUUUCUGGGUGUGUGUUUGUGUCAGUUUGUGUGUGUGUGAGAGAGGUUUUGAAUGCGAGAGAGAAAGAGGGGGACUUGGGUAACAAAACACUGGUUAGUUGCUGGCAGUCGUGUUUCACCAUUUCUUCUUUUCUCACGUUUUGCUGUAAAUUCUUUGAGGAUCAUUAUUUCUGAUCCCAUCACUUUGUUUUCACACCACUGUGCUCUUCAGUUGUAUGUCACCAUGUUAUACAUACAAACUUUCCACUUGAAAAAAGAAAAAGAAAAAAGAAAACUGAAACAGAAUUUGAAACACUAAAUCUCUGCUGCUUUGUUGGCACAUGAAUUCAGGGAUAUAAACCACCUGCAUGUCUUUAAUUUACAAAGGUUUCUGAGCAUCUUGAAGGCUGAAUUCAGUUUAUCGCUGCUUGAGUACGAUUUUACCUGAUGAUCAAAUGAUUUUUAUUAUCCAGGCAAAACAGUGGCUAAAAUAACAAACUUGAAUAUAGUCAUAAAACCACAAUACAUAAUUCAAACUUGACCCAAACCAGCUGAAUCACUAUGACUUAGAUAGAAUAAGUCCUGUAUAGUACUGAAAACACAUGUACCCUGAGGCUGCAUUUAUGUUCUGCAGCUCAAAGUCUUCUAGUUCUACCACAGAUCGAAUGUUUUAACAGUAUUUUGAUUGAGUAUUACCUGAGGUCCAGUAGAGACCAUCAGUGGUUUUAAUUUCCCACAUUGAGUCUGAAAUCUGUAAAAUACAAAUUAAGGCAGAAAACUUUGACCCUGUACCUUGCAAAGUUUACUUUUCCAGUAUUACCAAUAUAAAUUCCUUUGAUUUGAAGAGUGAAUCCCUAAAUCAGCCCAGGUAACUAUAGUUCUGUUGAAGUGGGGGUGCAAAAUAAUGAAAUUAAAAGAACAUGUACUAAUAAAUCCCUCAUCUAAAACCUUUCAGUAAAUGUGGCCAGGAUCCAGUGUUUCCAUAUUGUAUUUGCCACAGCCCGAUACUAAUGUCAGACAUCUUAUCAGUCAGUGAUAAACAUUCAGUUAUGAGUAAAAUAUGUUCAUAAAUUAGCAGGAAAGCAGCAGGAAGGUAUCCUAAAGACUACAAAAAAUUAUUUAUAGUCAUAGUAAAAAAAAAAAAAAGGAACUUCAUAAUGUGUCAUUUUUUAUCUAAAUUUCUUCUCAACACACACAGACAACUGUAUUGUCCACUGCUGCACUGUGAGUGACUUGAAUGUCCAGUUACGAACACAAACUCACACACUGAAAGCAACGGCACCGCCCACACUGAAAAGACUGGAGUGACAUGUAGAAAUAAUAGCGAUUGGCUGCGAAGGUGGAUUUUUCUGAUGUCGGUUGAGCGUUGAAACAUUUGUUAAAAAGCAACACAACUUACUGCAACAACAACAACAACAAAAAAGCUUUACAGAAGAUCACAUAUAGGCCUGAACAGCAUUUACUACUUUAGAUUUAGGACGACACUGAUACUGAAUGUAAUCUCUGACAAACAACUAUAUUUACACACCUGAAUUAUUACACAAUUAUAGCAUGUUCAAGCACCUUCAGAGUCUGGUGAGUUUUACAGAGGGGCCUCCACACCGGGCUUCAACAGGAAGUUUAAAUGCUUCUGUUACAUGUCUGUUACAUGUAUUCCUCCUUGGUGUCCACACCAGGUGAACACAGUUAUUAAAGUAUGAAUAUGAGCGUCACCAGUCUUGACUUCAACAUUUUAAUACCCAUCAUCAUCAGGAUACACCACUUCUAUAUUUAUCAGCAUUGACAUAAAUCAACAAUCCAAAAAACAAUGACUUUGUUAGUGUGUUUGUUAGAAUUGUUAAAAGGGAGGAGGGAGUGGAUUUUUACCAUAUAUACAUAUAUUUUAUUAGAAAUGACCUGACUGGGGCGCCCCCAUAACCGAAUGGUUGGGGCGCCUACCACAUGGGCCUAUGUUCCCUGAGAAGCUGGUCCCCAGAUCGACUCCCAGUCUGGCUGGAUCUUUACUGCGUGUCAUUCCCCUGCUCUCUCUCCCUGUUUCCUGUCUCCUCUCCACUGUCCUGUCCAUUAAAGGCAAAAAAGCCCCCAAAAAAAAAACUUAAAAAAAAAAAAAAAAAGACCUGCCUGUAGGUGACAAACUCCACCCACCUGGUGUGCCAAGGAAGUUAAAAGAAGCGCUACAACUUUGUUUACAGAUCCAAAGAGAAAGCCUGGUGUGGAAGCUGCCAUCUGAAAAAUUAGCAAGGUGAACCAAACACUUAUUUACUUACUUAUAUUGUUAUUAUUAUCUAUUUAACUAAUUGUAUUACAGUUACUAUUAUUACUUACAGUAUCUUCUGCUACUGAAACCCAUCCAAUUAUAUAAUUUACAAUGAAUUAACUUGCAAUGAAGACACCGUCACCACAUAUAGAUAUAAAGAUUAUGACACGAUGAUAUAUCCCUGUAGACGUUCAUUCAUUGUGCCUCUGAAGCAAGAAGCAUCGUUCAGAAUGACUCCACAUCGUCAUUCUGUAUUUAGUGUUUCAGUGCCACUUCAUCUCACAACACAACAAACACACCACACAGGAUUUAUGAAUGUGAACUCUGUUUCCUUUUGUAGUGGUUUGUCUUUUUUGAAACUAGCACACAGUACAGUCUUGCUUUUGUAAAAUACCGUUUUUGUAGCUUUGUGAUGCUUUUGGCUCAUCCACUGAAUUCAGACAUGAUUUCAGCUGCACAGAAAUGUAAAGGUUGUAAUGUUUCACUUCUCCUUUGUAUAUUCCUUUUGAUCAGCUUUACUUUUACUACGUUUGACUAGUUUAUCUGUUCUAUCAGUGGAGUUGAAGUUUAAUGUCUCAACAUCAGAAAGAACUCACUCUCCAAAUUCACCAGUGUUUUUGUUGCCUUGCACAUCAAGUUACGUUUACAGUAACUCUUAAUGUGAGUUACUGUACAGUUACAUUGCUUCCAUUCAAAAUUUCUACUCUUAUUGCUUCCUUCCUAAAUUUACAGACAUUUAUCAGUUUAAGAAAAUCACUGGAAAUAAGUAUUUGACAAUAUUCACAUAUUUACAAAGGCAAAUUACUGUUAAAACUAACAUUUUAAUAUUUUGUAAACUGUUGAAUAAAUUGUCUUCCACGACACAAAGACACUGGAAAAAAGUGAUGCUAGCAAACACAGCUGACUUAAAGUCAUGAAGUGGAAAUAUUUUUCAGAUUACAUUUUAUCACACACAUAAACCUGAAAUUACUUCUCUCAGGAAUUUGCCAUGAUUAUUUCAUGUACACAGAACAACAGCACACACUGCGUCUCAAUUUAACAAGCUAUUUUGAACAUUUUACCUGUUUCCAAUUCAAAUCAUCAAACGUGUUUUAUUGUUUUAAAAAAUGCUUUCUCGAUGUACAUGCCAUUUCCCAGAACAAGGGAUAACAAACUUAAUCACCUCAGUUUUUAAGACGAGUGUGAGAUGAGUACGCACAAGCCAUUCCCUCAGUAUUUCAAAAGCAGUGCUAGCAUUACUUUUUACAGUAAAAAAUAAAUCCAAUUAAAUUUAAUUUCCUGUUGUCGUGGGUUUUGUGAAUUAAAUGACAUUUUGUGUAUUAUGCAUAAAUGUGCCCAAACAUGAUAUUGUAUUGUUUCGCGUUGAAGGCUUUGUGCUAUUUGUAGCCAUGUUAUUCUAAAUUCUGUUUUGCACAUUUUCUUCAUUGACCUCCUUUUAUCAAACCUCUCCAGUACAAGCAGAAAGUAAACUGGUAAAGUGACAGAAAUUCAUUUGCAAAUUUUAUUUGGUCAUCAUAACUCACUUUGCCAGUUGUUAGACAGAUCAGAGUAAAGUUUUUGGCUUUUUGGUCACUUUACUGAAAAUCUGACUCGAGAUUAUUCUGUGUCUCUGGUCUGUCUUUACUACACAAUAUAUUAAGUACUUGAAGCUGAUCGGAUUUAUUCUGAAGAUAAGAAUAUGAAAGAAUAUGAAGAUUCAAAGGAGCAAAUUGUCUUUGAAUUCUAGAAGAAACAUUGUGAGUUUAGCAUCAAACUUCAUUCCUUUACUCACCACGAGCAACACCAAAGUAUUGCUCCUAGCUCUAUCACUUCUUUUCUUCUACUGAAGUUAGCAUGCUAAUCGGCUAGUCCCAACCCGUCCAGCCUGUCUCAUUAUUUUCUAAUAGUAACUCACUGUAGCAUCCGGUCUUCCCUGAAGAAGUAGCGCUGCUCAGAGGAAGUAGUCUAACCUCUUAUGUUGUAAACGCAACACUCGCCGAAGCUUCUGACCUUUACCACUACCCUUUCCCAGCAAGAAACCAUGAAAAUUACAAAUACCCCCUUUAAAACAUAAAAUGGAAAACAAUCAAAAUAUGCAGUGAAAAGAAUACACUUUCUCCUCCAAGGAAAUGUAGUUUGUUUUGUCCGUAAAAAACAAACAGGUAGCUAAAAUAUCUAUCUAUUUGGUUAAUCAUUGAGAAUUUCUUUGCCUACUUUUUUACUUUGUCUUCUAUUUGGUCCAGGGUAGGUAGUUUAAAUUGGUAUUAUCAAAGGUUGUUCUCUUGAACUUGCUUCCAAAGGUUUUAUGUAGGGACCCAACAGAUUCAAUAAUGAAGUCUUUGUGGAGCCAGAGAACCAAAACGUGGUAGUAGAGCUGAUGACUUGAUGUUGAUUCUCAGUGGGAUCAGCACUAUGAAUUUACACAGACUAAAUUUAUUAAAUAGUUACUUCAGUUUGCUGCUCAUUUAUCAUAAUACCACUUGGAUUAAACUGACAACAGACUGAUUUUUGGUGCCAAACCUCUAGUUACAUAUUCAGUAAGGUGACCAAUGGACAGAAUCCAGUGUAGCUGUUUACACCAUGUUGUAAUCUGAUUCUGUGCACUGACCCAGGAGCCACUCUGAAUGAUUUUUGGAUGAAUCUGGGUGAACACAUACACUCAUUACUCCUCUCUUUGCCUUGUAAAUCAAUACUUUGUUUCCCAGGCUUGUUGAAGAGGUUUUUAAUCAGCAGAUGAGGUCACUGGAGGAUUUAAACAUUUGCUGCAGUAAUUACUCUACUGAUAGCUUUGUUGUUGUAUUUUUCAGUCAGUUCUGUGAGAUACACUGAUAUGAUUUGUUAAGCGAGCGAGAUGUCAAAGCUCAGAAACUGAAUGAAGAGUAACUCAGAUGUCUUCAAUGUCCAUGUGAUAACAUAUAAGUGAGUAGACACCACAGAAAAUAUUGUACAAACAUGAUUGGCACUUCAUCCAUUCUUGUUUGACCCUUCAAAGUAAGACGCACACAGUUUAGUCUUGUUUAUAAGAAAGAACCCUUUAAGUGUUAAUUUGACAAUCUGCAUUUUGCUGUUUUUCUUCAUGUCUUCGGCCAGUUCAAAAUUUUGAGUAUUUUCCAAAACACAGAAUCUGUUCUACUUAUAUACAAAUGUAGUUUCCCAUUUUUACAUUUCCUAGCAUUUUGAUAUUCUUUGGUUUGAAUUGUAAGAGGUGAUAAGGAAUUCAUUGUAAAUGGAGACAGAGAGAUUAUUUCUAAUGGAUUACUUUUGGAACUGGCCUUCAUAUUGUCCCCAGUGGUGUUUCCUCUCCUUCCAGUACUAUGUUAGGUGGUCAUUUUUAACCUCGGCGUAACCUUCACCCAUGGUUUGGUCAGUUGUAUGUCUUGUCAUGGUUACGGUGCUAACCCGGUUCUUUAAUACUUAAAUGUAAGGCUCCGUUUUUAAAAGUACACUCCCUGAUUUGAUUAAAGUGGCAAAGUGAGCUUCUAGUUGUUUGAAAUACAACUAAAUUGUGUUGAGUUGCAAUGAAAUUUCUGCCGUGUUGGCUCAGUUUUGGGGUUUUACAUUAAAAUCAGGGAGUGUGUCUUUUACCUCUGGUGCCAGUACUCAUUGAGCUUCGGAGGGACAGCCUCACAAAGCUGCAAUAUUGAGUUAACAUCUUCAAUCGAUAGAGACUGUCCCUGAAGUGGUGACUUCACCCCUGGUGACUGAACAUAGGGGAAACACUGGCUCAGAGUUGUAGUUGUUGUAGCAGCCAUUCACACUUUUUAUCCUUCUGCAGUUCUCCUCUGAAUGUAGAAAUAACACUCGAGAAGUUCGGAAACGCAGCAGUUGUCUAGAAAAAUCUGCAGGAAAAUAACUAAAGGCUAAAUACACUUAUUUCACUCCUGCAGGCAGUAUCACACGUCAGUGCUACUUUUUAAAAACCUAACUUUUCUACAUGGCUUAAAUCUAAAUCUUUCCCCCACCUCUCAAAGCCAUAAUCUAGUCCUUGAAUCAUGUCAAAACGAGCAUUUUCAACACCUUUCUGCCCUCUCUCAUGUUAACUCACGUGUGUGAACACUUUACAUGUGUGUCACUUAUUUAAUUCUGUGUGUGUGAAGUCGUCUGUCUGUGCAUCAAUUCUGGUUGAAAAGGAGCACUUUAUGGCAUCUGUGUAGUCAAGAGGGCAAUAGUGCUUGCUGUGAUUAUUCUGUUGAGUAUGGUUGUAUUCACUGUAACUGCAUACCAAGCAAUGCACUGAUUGACACAUUCUACAUAACCUGUAAUUUUAUGGACAUUUUGAUUGCUACAAAUUAUUUGUGCCUUGGCCUUCUACAGUGCAGUUCUUUUCAAUGUCAUUUUUUUAAGAUUCUGGUCAUGCUUUUCUUGCUAUGGCUGUCAAAACACAGCUGUUGGUAAUAUCUGUGUGGAAGGCUGCAUUUACACAGAUGAAAAAACACUAUACUGGCUCAGAGUCUUUGAGAUACGCUAGGCUAAACCCAUCCUGGACUUGUCUCUCUGAUGAAACACACACAUUUUAAAAAAGGUGGAUAGUGUCCACAUCCAAUGAUCUUAACUGCAGGACAAAAACAGCAGCAAAGGAAGAGAAGAAGCAGUUUGCGAUAUGAAAUCAGUGAGCUCUCAUGGUUUUUCAUGUUUGCUGGAUGAAGAUCUUAAAAGUUGAAACUUUGCAUAAAUAAAAACUCUGGAGUCUGCAGAUUAUAUUGUGCAGACAGCCUCAGCAGUACGUUUCCAAAAAUAUUAGCAUGUAUCCUAGCUUAAAAAGUUCCUCACCACAAAGUCCUCAGUAAACAGACUUUGGUUAUAGUUAAAUCUUUCAGCAAACACAGCUGGUGCCAUGAUACGAGGUCUACAGGAGAACUAAGACAUCUGGAAAAGCUUGUUGUGGUGAAUCUUUAUCGAGUCAGUUACCAUGAACAAAAUGUUAGCUAGCUGCUGUAACUAGCCAGCAGUCUCCGUGAUCAAAGCCAACACUGUUGGCCUGUUGUUAACAUCUGAAAGUUAGCUUCUGCUAGCUUAAUAAACUGUUGGUUUUCCUCUAUAUGAUUUCACACUCUUUGUGUUUAUAGAGAGCCGAUGUCUUGAACUCAUCUCAGGCUAGUCCUGUGUAGAGAUGCAGACACUAAUGGAAGAGCUAGUUUUUGUAACUCCGUGAAUUCUAGUUUCUGUCAUUUAGUUUUCUCCUCGGGUUUAAAAUCCUUAAAAUAAAUGAUGGUCUCAGCUUUUGGUUUCUUUGCAAACAAACAAACAAAAACACCAACACAGCUCACUGUCCAUUCAUAGCUUGAUGCUUAACUUGCCUCAGUCUGUCAAGACAGUGACAUUUAAACCACAAAAGUCUUGGUAAGUGUUUGUUAAAGCCUCUGAAAACAUUCAAUGAACAAUGACAUUCGCUUAUUAAAAGAUAUACUUCCUCCCCUGUCAAGAUAAGAAGUGUUUACUGCAUCACAUGCUGGGUGAUUUUCAGAUUUUUGCAUUAAAACAAAUGUUAGUUUUUGAAUGAGGUUUUCCAGUUUUGCCUCAGCUCUUUGUACGGUGGGAAGCUGCUUGAAAAAUGUGCCAAAAAACUGUAAACUGUGUUUAACAGCAACUUUAAAAUGCCUGAUACUAUCAUUGAACCCUGCACAACAUCAGAAAAUAGCACAAUAGCACAGUUUUCUUCUUACAGGACAAAA